AUGUCAGAGGGAGUCUAUCAAAACUCAGAUGGUUUUGAAGACGAUGAGCCUGAUGUAAUGAAGAACACAGACAUUGAUGGCCAAUUAUAUGCCAACGUAAGAGCCUUCAAGUCCAGUACAAGAGAUGGAGUUGUUGCUUCAGUACAUGUUCAGUGGUGGAAGAGACCCUCUGGAGUUGCUGCAGUGUGUCUGGGGCUGCUGUGUGUUCUCCUACUGGCUGGGAUCAUAGGCCUGUCUGUCUACUAUGGAGUCAUUGAUCAUCACGACUCAACAGAGAUAGACCAGCUACAGGACAGCAACAGCCUUCUGACUAAAGAGAGAGACCAGCUACAGACCCGUUACAACAACCUGACUAAAGAGAGAGACCAGCUACAGACUGAGAAAGUUUUUCUUAGCGAGAGGCUUUCCAAUCUCAGACAAACCUGUCCUGAAUGCUGGCAGAAGUUUGAAUCCAGUUGGUACUUCCUGUCUACUGAGACUAAAACCUGGAAGGGGAGCAGAGAGGACUGUCUGGAGAGAGGAGCAGACCUGGUGAUCAUAAACAGUGAUAAGGAACAGGAGUUUCUCUUCAACCUCAACAAGGGAGUCUGGAUUGGUCUGACUGACUCUGUUACUGAGGGGACCUGGAAAUGGGUGGACAGCACCCCACUGACCAACCCAAGGUACUGGUCUUCACAUCAGCCUGAUAAUGGUGGUGGCAAAACAGAAUAUGGUGAGGAGGACUGUGUUCAGAUACAUAAAGAACAGAGUUCUCGAAAGUCAUGGAAUGACAUAUCAUGUCGCAGCAGACUCACCUGGGUUUGUGAGAAAAUGCUUUAACAUCACCAUGACAACCUACUGUAACACAUACAGUAGCCUACAGUACACUCAACUUUCUCCUUCAUUCUCUCUCUCACACA